AUGACUGACGGCCAAGGGAGCGUUCCGUGCAUGUUCUCAACCCUCUUCUCCAAACCUCACUCCCUCCGCAAACGCAUGGUCUCGAACGUCUACUCCAAAACCUUCAUCCAAGCCUCUCCGGCAGCCAAGUCCCAGUCCCGCGCCAUCCUCUUCGACCGCUUGCUGCCCCUCCUCUCGGCAUCGGCGUCCCUUGACCCCCUGGGAGGUGCUGGCAUUGAUGUCUUCUCUACCUUCCUUGCCACCACAAUGGACUUCAUCACGGCCUACAUUUUCGGCCUUCGCAACGCCACGGACUUCCUCCGUGACAAGGCCUACCGGGACCACUGGCUCCAGCUGUACCUGGCCCGCGCGAACCACGGCUUCUGGCCCCAAGAGCUGCCGCGUUUGACCGCGCUCUGUGCCAGGGUGUCCGGGGGCAGAUGGAAGCCGUACCCGGCGUGGGUCGACACAGCCAACGCCGAGAUCGCCGCGUGGAACAGAAAGCUGUGCGAGAGGGCGGACGAAUCUAUCCACGGAAAAGUCAAGAUUUCCUCCCUGGCCGCGGGCGUUGUUCUCAAACAAGACGGGCAUGAAGACCCCGCGGACACACCCAUCGUGUUCAGUGCCCUAGGGGCCGGCAUCGAAAGGGAACGCCUCGCAAACGGCGAGGCCUCCCUCCUCUACCCAACUGCGAUCUUCCAGAAAGAUCUGUUCAUGGCCUCUGAGGUAAUGGAUCAGGUCCUCGCAGGCCAAGAAACUGCCGGAAUCGCCAUGACAUACCUCGCCUGGCACCUCUCUAAAUCAUCCACCCUCCAACACGCUCUCCGUCAGGAGCUCCUUACACUCUCCCCGACCCUGGUAAUUCCCUCGGGUGCAUCCGCAUCCCUUCCGCCGUUUCUCCCCGAGCCAAAAGAGAUCGACGCUCUGCCCCUCCUCCAUGCCAUCAUCAUGGAGACCCUCCGCUUGCACGCUCCGAUCCCCGGUCCGGAACCACGACGGACCCCACACUACCCUCCGUGCCGCCUCGAUGGGCUCCAGAUUCCCGGCGGCGUCCGCGUCGCCGCGCUGGGCUACGCGCUGCACCGCAAUGCCGAUGUGUUUCCAAAGCCGGAGAUGUGGGAUCACACGCGCUGGCUCGAGAACCCGGAGAUCGACAAGCAGCAGCGCAGGCAGAUGAUGCGAUAUUUUUGGGCGUUUGGCAGCGGCGGGAGGAUGUGCAUCGGAUCCAACUUUGCUAUGAACGAAAUGAAAGUCAUUGCUGCGGCAAUCUGGACAAACUUCACCACGCACAUCGUGGACGACACGAACGUUGAACAAGACGACACCUAUACGUCGAGACCAAUUGCCGAGCGCUUGAUUCUCAGGUUCGAACGUGUAUAG